AUGCGCCACCUCCUCCUGCUCGGGGUCAUUGCGGCCGACGCCCUCCUCGUCUCUGAUUGUUUUGUCAUGAAGACAGGAGAUGUUAUUCCUGUUUUUCCUGAUCUCCCUGCCCCUUUUAUCCCGACGCUUGGGGUUAUCGCGGCCAGUGGAUUGAUGCCGUUACUCAGGGCUACGCUGUUCGCAAUGGAGACUGCCUUUAUCAUAGCAGUGUUCGUAACUGGAGGCCAGGAACGCAGGAGGAGAUCCACCUCAGAAGAAUUGGCGAAUCUCCUCCUCUCCGCUAUCAGCCGUUUGGACACUCACGGCUGCGUCCUCAAGUUGCUGUGUCAGCUGAAGGCCGAAUCGCCCGAAGCGCUCUCGGUCGAGGAGAAGAUUCUCGUGGCAGCCUUCGCCGAUCGCCUCGAGCUCUUCGCCAAGGACAGCGGCGUCGAAGAGGCCCAUGGCGACGAUGGCCAAGGGCGGGACAGGGCUCUGUGUGAUGCCUCUGCUGAUCGGUGUCCGUUUGAACUGGCUCUGUUGAGGAGUGUGUGGCGCCGGGUCUGGGGGAGCUUUUCGGGAUUAUGGGAAAACAAUGCACCGCAGGACAUUUUCGGUUUAUAA